GUUGUCGCAUUCACAGUUUGUAUCGAUAGAAACAUAUAAUAAUUUGGCAAGUUGCAAUUUAAGUACCAAAAAGAUUCCAAAAUGGAUCCCAUUCUGAAGACCCUUAGCCAGACCAUGACGGUGGAGGCCAUAGCCAUCAUCAAGGCCAAGCGACUGGCCAUGAAGCAGAGCGUGGAUGUGGCCGGCAGGCAGAGGAGGGCGCUGCAGCGGGAGACUGACCGCCAGGUGAACGACGUGCAGGCGGACCUGUGCCGGCGGGCCAUGCAGCGCGAGCGGCCGUACCGCGUCUUCGAGGAGCAGCUGCUGGGCGAGAAGGAGAUGACGGCUGCUCAGGAGUACCUGCACCUGGUGUACGAUUCCAAGAGCCGUUGCAUGCACUCCACGCCGAAGGAGUCUACCCCGGUAGUCGCAAGGAAAGCGGCUGUGGUGCCGACUCAGCUGGAGACCAGAUCAGAGCCGCCCAGGGAGAGGUCCAAGUACAAUCGCUAUGGCCAGGAGAGAUUCCUCAAGGAGCAGCAGGAGUUCGGCAUCAAUCCGCAGGGCAGCCACUUGGAAAGGGCCACGACUUUGCGCGCCAGUCCAAAUCGCAGGCAGCUGAAGAGGACCCGAUCUUUGAGUGCCCGCAGCCAUCAAAGUGCCAAGGGGGCCAUCAGUGGGCGUCGCCCCUCGAAUCCUCACUCCCGGAUGCCCAUCAUUGUGGUGCCGGCUGCUCUGACCAGCCUGGUCACCCUGUACAAUGCCAAGCAGCUGCUGCAGGAGAUGCGCUACGUGCCCCUGAAACAGGCCCGCCGCCUGAUGCCACAUGGCCAUCAUCUGGAGGAGGUCAUAAUCGAGCAUCGAUUUCAGGGCGAGCUGGUGAGCUACCGGGUCAUCGACAACGUGACCCGCCUGAACCCCGGCGAGUGGGAGCGCGUGGCCGCGGUGUUCGCCAUGGGACCCCACUGGCAGUUCAAGGGCUGGCCGCAGGGCGCCGACCCCGCCGCCAUCUUCCACCAGGUGUGCGCCUUCCAUCUGCACUUCAAGGAUACGCCGGUGUGCAAGGAGCUGUGCAACCUGCAGCUCCACCCCCUGGCCCUCUCGCCCAACGAGCGGCACUCGGACUGCGGCCUCAUGAUGGAGUUCUGGAACCAUCUGGACCACCACAUGGCCGUCCGUGCCCGUCAGUUUGCGUUCAUCAGCCAGAAGUAGGGUGCUUGCUUUCGUCCUUACUUUCUUUCCCCCUGGCGCACACAUCGUACUCAUAUAGUACAUAGAUGCCAGAUAAGCGGGGAAAUCAAUAAGUGAAAUUGAAUAAGCCAGAACAAAGGACGAAGGACAAAGACCCACAACACACACACACACACACAGUUGGGGCGAUGCUGCGUUAAUAAAAAGUGAACGGGCGCAUCAGAGAAAUAUAUC